AUGCGAGAUAUUAGUAUUCCAACGCGGGAUGGAAGCUUCGUGCUGGCAGAUGUCUAUCUUCCGCUUUCACCCAGGGGAAAUCACCCAGUGCUAAUCAGUUGCACAAUUUACGGUCGGCGCAUCUUCUAUUCUGGUCCGGAUUUGGAGGACCAGGAUGAAAUUGUUGCCUUCGAAAAGGCUGAGGACGAAUGGCAUUCAACUUCGACCGAUGUGGAGAUUCAAGUUCCAAGAAAGUCCUGGGGUAAGAGCUGGGCAUCACAAAGAGGAUUCGAGAAUAUUGCAACAUUUAACACAUUUACCUACGUGCCUCGCGGGUAUGCAAUGGUGAAAGUUGAUCCGAGAGGUGUAUCUCAGACUCCGGGCACAAGGAAUGUGCCUGGUCAGCUUAGUAGUGACUUCUUUGAUGCCGUCGAAUGGGCAACGGAGCAAAGCUGGAGUAACGGGAGCAUUGCUCUAGUUGGAAGCUCGUAUGGUGCGAAUACUCAAUGGGAUGUUGUCACCAUGAAACCCAAGGGCCUUAAGUGCUUCGUACCUUACGCAUCGGAUCUUGAUACCUAUCGUGAAGCCGCUUAUACGGGUGGCAUCCCAGCAAUUAAGUAUCUGUCUGACUGGUAUUCUCGCGUUCAGGCAUGCUCGCCCAAAUGGUCGGACAAGGUCGAUCUUGUCAAAUUGAUGAAUGAACAUCCAUUCCACGAUCCAGCUUGGCUAAUGACUCAAAAAAGUAUGAAUCAUCUUGACGUUCCUUGUUUUCUUGCGGCUCCUCAAAUUUUUAUGAUCCAUGGGCGUGCGGCGUAUGAAGCGUGGAGAGUGCGCAGCCCAGAGAAUACCCACCUUCAGCUCAUUGAUUGCGAUUACUACUCGUGGCCUAGCAAGCAAGCAGCGAAAAAGAUAUUACAGUUUCUGGAUCAUCACCUCAAGGGAAAUGAAUAUACAAAGCCAGAGCCGGUCGGAAUUCAGGUUCGAGUGGGAUACGGCAAAUGGUAUUGGCGAAAGGAGAUUACAUGGCCAGUCCCUGGAACAAACUACAUAAAGUGGCAUUUGACGGCAGAUGGGAAGCUUGCGACGGCUCAAGAUCAAAAUUCAGAGACAAGUUUUGCCUAUUCCAGCAAAGCGCCACCAAAGGGCAAGUCAGGUAUUAGCUUUUAUUCCUCGCCUUUCGAUGAAGAUGUCGAUGUUGUAGGGCAUUUCAGCGCGCGUCUCUUCGUUUCCUCAUCUACAUCCGAUGCAGACUUUGUCGUUACAUUGUGGGCGGUUGACGAAAAGGGACAUGUUGUUCCCCUUGGCUCAAAACACCAGCCUGAGCCAAUCGCCAAAGGCUUCCUUCGUGCAAGCCAUCGAAAAACUGAUGAAGCUAAAUCGCUUCCCGAAAGACCAUGGCACACACAUACAAAGGCAGAUAACGCCCCACUUUGCCCUGGUGAGAUUGUCCCGAUCGAUGUUGAAAUUUAUCCUGCUGCAGCAAAGAUUCGAAAGGGAUGGAAGCUUCGGGUUGAUAUUACCCCUUCUGAAGAGCAGCCAGAUAUUGAAGGGUAUAUUAACCCUGAUAUGAGAAUUACUUACGGUGAAACACACAAAGAGGGAACAAAUAGGCUCCAUGUUGGAGGAAAAUGGGUCAGUUAUGUGGCUUGUCCUGUUGUACCCUGCAAAAGCGACUCCAAUAUGGAGGUUUGA